GAGGUGACGUCAACUCCCGGAAGUAGCGGAACGCACAUGUGUUUACUAACUGGUUGGGGUUGCAGGAUUCCUCUGUUGUUAUCUGUAAUGGUGUAAGGGUCUUCUUUAAAAAAUAUACUAUAGCAGACAAAAACAAUGGCUUCACAAGCCCGCGAAGAAGAAAGCGAUGACGGCAUGGACGAGUUUAUGGAGAAAUUCAAGAAGGUUAAAUACCAAAAUGCGUUUAGUGAAAGCAACUGGGAGGAGGAGUUUGAUAAAGUGCCAAUGUUUAUGAAGUCUGCUCCCGAGGACAUCGACCCCGUUAAACACCCUGAUCUCGCCUGUCUCCAGUCCAUUAUACAUGAUGAUGAACGACCACCUGAAGAGCAGGCAAAGAGUCUAAAGGAUGAAGGCAACGAGUACUUUAAGGAAAAGAAAUAUCAGAAAGCUAUAGUGUCCUACACAGCUGGCCUGAAAAAAAACUCUGCUGACUCAGACCUAAAUGCUAUUCUUUACACAAAUCGUGCUGCAGCUCAUUUCCAUCUAGGAAAUAUGCGAUCGUCUUUGAACGACGCAACAGCUGCAAGGAAACUAAAACCAGGGCACUUGAAAGCCAUCAACAGAGGAGCCCAGUGCUGUAUGGAGCUGCAUAAUUAUGCUGAUGCACUGCUGUGGUGUGAUGAAGGCCUCAGGGUUCAGCCUACCGAUAAGAAACUGCAGGAACUCAGAGCCACUGCAGACAAACAGAAGAGGGCAGCAGAACGAGAUGCCAGAAGGGCUAAAACGAAAGAGAAAAAGCAGCAGAACCAGAGAGGAGCACUGCUGGCUGCUAUUAAGGAGCGUGGGAUUAAACUUUUAAAGCCUGAGGCGACCCGGCACAGAGAUUCUGAAAAUGAGCAUGAGGAUGGUGACAAAGGAUCUACAGCAGCCAUGGAAAAGUUAAGUCUGGAUGGACUAGGCUCACAAGAAGCCACAGGAGCACAGGUGUACUUGGAUGAUCAGGGCACCCUCCACUGGCCUGUGCUGUUCCUUUACCCUGAGCACAGACAGACUGACUUUAUCUCAGCCUUCUGUGAAAACUCCAGCUUUAUAGAUCAUAUAGCGGUUAUGUUUGGAGAGGAACUUCCUCCAUGGGACACGGACAAAAAAUAUCAGCCACAAAAUCUUCAGCUGUUUUUUGAAGACCACAAGAAGGGACACCUUUAUGAAGUGACUCUGGAGACAUCUCUUCUAGAUGUCCUAAAGCAUCCAGGGUGCUUUGUGAAGGAAGGUUCUCCAAGCUUCAUCAUAUUGGUAAAAGGGUCAUCAUUCUGUAGACAGUUUUUAUCAGGAAAGAAGGUCCAUCGAUUGAAAUGAAAGAUGGUUAAAGGACAUUGAGUGCUUUGGCCAUUGAUAAGGCACUUGUUAUAUUGUGGUUUUGCUUCAUGUACUGGGGAAUUGACUGUUAAUGCAUGAGAUGACCUUAAAAUGUCUAUAAUUUAACUACACAUAAACCUACAAGGAAGAAAACAACUUCAUAAAGGACAGUGACUAAAUGAAGCCCAAUGUACUGAAAGUGGCCUCCUAGUAAAAAUAAAUUCUACCACAAUGGAAACAGUUUAUUUAAAUAAACACUUUUCCACACACAUUAA